AUUUUUAAAAAUUUAUUAUGUUGCUCUGUAUAGAAGGCGGGAGUGGAUCAAUAUGCUAACAAUUACUGGGCCGGGGGCCCAUCGUCGGUUGAAGAGAUGGUAACGUGCGAUAACGAAAGUGCGUCUGUUGGCGGCUUCCACCUCGGCGCUCACGAUGACCACCGCCCGCGAGCGCCGAGCGUCUCCUCCCUGUCACUCUACAAGCAGAAGAUCGAUGCGCUGUUCGACGACACUCGCUCCAACAGCAGUAUUCCGCAGUAUACGACCACGUCGGAAACCGGACGGAAAGAUAGCAAGGCCAGUCUAACCCAAGACAGUAAAACAACUAUACUUGAAGAUGAAAACACAUACUGUCAAAAUAAAAUCAAGAAGAUCAAUAACACUGUUCAAGAUCGAAUAGAGAGAAUGUUUGCGGAUAUGGCGGGAGAGUCGAGACAGAAUGCUGAGAGUAUAGGUGUACACGUAUUUAGUGUGCAUUAUCUGGGUUCAACACCUUUACAGAAUAAAGUAACAAGCCUUUCAGGAUUGCAAGAUCCUCUGAGGGAUUUGUAUUUCGCCUUCAAAAGUAAUCACCGCCACAAGAACACCUUCACCGGUAAAUUAGAAAUCUCUAAAAGUGGUUUAAAAGUUAAGUAUAAAGGAGAAAAGGGAGAUUUAGAACAACUAAAUCCCUUUCCCACAAUAGCAGUUUGGUCAGCAGUAAAAUUUCUAGUUCAAUCAUCAGACAAUGAUAAAAACGAAUUAAGUUAUGCAUUUGUUCCGUUAAUCACUGAUCCCGAUAAUAUCGAUCGACACGCACUAUUCAAAUCAUUAGAUUCUUCUGAAAAGAAAUAUAUCCUCUCCCACAACGAAAAUUCGCAUUCACCUCUUUUCGCUGUUGUGAUGAGGAAAAUAGGCGUCGCAAAACAAUUGGAGUGUCAUGGGUUUGUAUGUCAGACGACUGAGGACGCUAUUGUAAUAGCGGCCACGCUAUACAAAUCGCUUAUGUCACAUAUGAGUCGGCAGGGUCACGCAAAUAACAAAAAAUUAAGAAAUAGGAACGGAGUGAGUUGUAUGAGUAUUACGAGCAGCUUACAAGGCAAUGAUAUCCCCAUCAGACCACCGCGCAAGAAACGUAGUACUUCCUCGUUGAGCGGUGAUAGUGAUAGAGCCGAUGGAUUUUCAGCCAGCGAAUCAUUUUGUGAGAAAUCAAAGUUAGAAAGAACUAAAAAUGUUAAUGACGAUAUACCUCAUUUUUCAAUACCAACCUUGCCGCCCUUUGGGUCUCAUCGAAUUACUGUCGAGGAAGUAAAAGCAAAACUAGAUUUAAUACGUCAAAAUGACACUAGUAGUGAAUCGCAAGGAUCUAAGCACUCUGUUCCAAAAGAUUCUCUCAACCUCACUUCAAUUCAAUCAUGUCAAAAUUUGCAAAGUAGUAGUGAAUCUUCAACAAGAAGUAAAAUAUCUGAAAAAAUUGAAUUAUUUCGAGAGUUAGAGAGACGAAAGAGCAUACAAAGACCACCGAAUUUGCCUCCCCCAGUACCUUCUAAGCCUCCGACACAAGCACAAACUGAUCUUCCUAAAGAGCCUUUGAGACGAAGUCAAAGCGGAAGAAAAUCGCUUAGUGAAUCUGGAGACAUUCUAACUAAAGUGGCCAUUCCUAGAUCUGGAAGUUUCUUAAACGCUGGAGGACUAACUCGUUACAAGUCUAUCGGACAAAGAAACAACGGAAAGAAAGGGGGAGGGUCACCUUUGGGCUUUAAUGAGCUGUUCAAUGAAUUUAAAGUACAGGAAAACUUGCAUUCUAUGGAUGAAAUAUUAAAUGCAAUAAUCGAUCCGGAAGGGAUGUCUUUUAAUGAUUUAAAACCGAUUUACAAAGAGUUUCUGUUAAAAUUAGCAGUAACACUGACGAAAGAUGAAAUAUUUCAGCACAGCAAAGCGAUAAUGAAAAAGCAAAAGAAAAAGAUUUUAAGAAGAAAUAGCACUUUUCAGAACAAGAGAAGAAAAAUUUUCAAAGGUGCCAAUGGACUAAGGAUGGUCUUUCGAUUUGGUAAAGACUUUCGUAAGAAAGAGAAGAAAAAGCUACAGAGCAACUUCGACAUAAAUACAUUGCAAAACGCUGUGACCGUCAAGGAGCAAAUUUCUGAAAGUUCAGUUUCUACCUCCAGCUAUGAUCUAAGACAAUUCCGACCAAAGGAACCAGACUUUCCCGCUCCUAAACGGCAAACGAUGAGACAAAGAAAUUCAAAACGCUCUGAUAAAUCUAUCCACGUUUCAAAGCGAAGCGGUAAAACUUCGAGGCCCGGGGAGAGAACAUCGACAUCGGAAGAUUCUGAUUUCUUGACGUUGAGCAAUCGUCUCGGAUGUCAAAACAGAAAUAGUUCGAGCGGAUAUGUCUCCUGCUCGGAAUGCGAGUCUGAGAGUUGUAUUGAUCGAUGCUAUUGUUCUCUAAAAGCCGAUUGCAAGCCCAGGUGUGACUGCUCUGCUAUUGAAAAUGGACAAGAUUCUGUGAAAGACAAGUUGUUAGGGAAAAGCUGUAAAGAAUGCUCGAAAGAUGUGUAUGACGGUGAUUACAGUUAUUGCUCCUGCGACUCAGAGAGCUGCGCCGACAGUAAUAAAUGCUAUUGUACCGGACCGAGAAGAACUCUCAUGCAAAGUUCCCAAAGUUUGGAGUACUUGAAAAGUCCUUCGAACAAAACAUAUGCUGAUAGAAUGAAGAGAGCUUACGAUGAUUAUGAAGGAAAACCAAGAACCAGGUCGGGCGCGUCGAAUCGUCGUCGCCGCGCGCGCAGCUCUGACAGCCUCGCGCUCGACUACGAGCUGCUCUUACAGAACAAGCCGCGGGACGCGCGCACCAGGAACAUGCAACGACUUACAGUACGAAGCACUGGUGCUGGUUCUCAUGACGCCUUGAGUGUGAAGAAGUCCGCAGAGAUGGCAGCUUUGUUUGCAGAUGUUCGUCUUUCCCAGCGUACAGAUGUACGCUCAUUGGCUGGAGGGCGAAGGGCUAGGCCUCCACCUUUGUCGCCUUCACCGCAUCCUGUGCCACCCCUCGCGAGAAUGUUUGACCACAGACCACUAAGCAGAAAUGCUAGUUUAGAGGAUACAUUGGGUUAUUUCCCAUAACAAAAUAUUGUUUGUUUUUCU